GGCUUCCGCGACCUCCUCCACAUCGGCAGCCAAGCCCGUCCCCGCAUCUUUGACCUGGAGGUGGCGGUGCCCGAGGUGCUCUACGAGGAGGUGAUCGAGGUGGACGAGCGGCUGAUCCCGCACCAGCCCGGCUGCUGCCUCCCGGGGAAGGAGACCCUCCCGCUGCUCGAAGGCUCCACGGGGGCAUCCCUGCUGGUGCAGCGGCCGCUGGAGCUGUCGGCGCUGCGGCGGGAGCUGGAGGGGGUGCUGGCCCGCGGCAUCCGCAGCCUGGCCGUGCUGCUGCUCCAUUCCUACGCCUGGCCCGGCCACGAGGAGCAGGUCGGGGCACUGGCGCGGGAGCUGGGUUUCCGGCACGUCUCCCUCUCGUCCGCGGUGGCGGCCAUGGUACGGGCAGUGCCGAGGGGCUACACGGCCUGCGCCGAUGCCUAUCUCACCCCCUGCAUCCACCGCUACCUGGAGAGCUUCCGCGCCGGCUUCGCCCACCAGCUGCAGGAGGUGCCGGUGCUGUUCAUGCGCUCGGACGGGGGGCUCACCCCCAUGCAGCACUUCAGCGGGGCCCGCGCCAUCCUCUCGGGCCCGGCCGGCGGCGUGGUGGGCUACGCCAUGACCACCUACCGCCGCGAGGACGGGCAGCCUGUCAUCGGCUUCGACAUGGGAGGUACCUCGACGGACGUCAGCCGCUACGCCGGUGAGUACGAGCACGUCUUCGAGGCCAGCACCGCCGGCGUCAGCAUCCAGGCGCCGCAGCUCGACAUCAACACCGUGGCGGCUGGCGGCGGCUCCCGGCUCUUCUUCAGGUCCGGGCUCUUUGUGGUCGGCCCUGAGUCGGCGGGCGCCCACCCCGGUCCAGCCUGCUACCGCAAGGGGGGUCCGCUGACCGUCACCGACGCCAACCUCUGCCUGGGCCGCCUGCUCCCCGAGUACUUCCCCCGCAUCUUUGGUCCAGGCGAGGACCAGCCGCUGUGCCGGGAGACGGCGGCACGGGCAUUCCGGGACCUGGCCGCCCGCAUCGACGCCUUCCUAGCCGGCACUGCCACCGGCGCCCGCCAACCGCUCUCGGUGGAGGAGGUGGCCAUGGGCUUCGUGCGGGUGGCCAACGAGGCCAUGUGCCGGCCCAUCCGUGCCCUGACACAGGCUCGGGGCCACGACACCGCCCGCCACGUGCUGGCCUGCUUUGGGGGUGCGGGGGGGCAGCACGCCUGUGCCAUCGCCCGCGCCCUGGGCAUGAGCAGGGUCUUCAUCCACAAGUAGGUGCAUGGCGGGAUCGCCGCGCUGGAGCGGGAGUGCCGGGACGCGCUGCAGGCACAGGGCUUCACCGGGGAGCAGAUCCGCACGGAGGCUUUCCUGCACCUGCGCUACGAAGGCACCGACUGCGCCCUGAUGUGCUCGGCCAAGGGCCACCCUCCCACCUCGCACUCCUGCCGCUCCGGAGACUUCCACGCUGCCUUCACCAGCCGGUACAUGGUGGAGUUCGGCUUCACCAUCCCCGACCGCCCCGUGGUGGUGGACGACGUGCGGGUGCGCGGCACCGGCAGCAGCGGCAUCAGCUGCGAGACCCCCCUGGCCCCCAGCGGGAAACCAGCCCGCGUGGAGACGGUGACACAGUGCUACUUCGAGGAGGGGUACCUGGAGACGCCGGUGUUCCUGCUGGAGGAGCUGGCCUGCGACCACACCGUCCCUGGCCCCGCCAUCAUCAUUGACAAGAACAGCACCAUCGUGGUGGAGCCGGGCUGCACCGCCAGCCUCACCCGCUUCGGCGACAUCUGCAUCGCCGUCGGCUCGGGGUCCCCGCGCCCUGUCGGCCCCCAGCUCGAUGCCGUCCAGCUCUCCAUCUUCUCCCACCGCUUCAUGAGCAUCGCAGAGCAGAUGGGCCGGAUCCUGCAGCGGACGGCCAUCUCCACCAACAUCAAGGAGCGGCUGGACUUCUCCUGCGCGCUCUUCGGGCCGGACGGGGGGCUGGUGUCCAAUGCCCCCCACAUCCCCGUCCACCUGGGCGCCAUGCAGGAGACCGUCCAGUUCCAGAUCCGCAACCUGGGUGAGGACCUGCGGGAGGGGGACGUCAUCCUGAGCAACCACCCCUGCGCGGGGGGCAGCCACCUGCCCGACCUCACUGUCAUCACUCCCGUCUUCUGGCCGGGCAUCCCCAAGCCCGUCUUCUUCGUGGCCAGCCGCGGGCACCAUGCGGACAUCGGGGGCAUCACCCCCGGCUCCAUGCCCCCCCACUCCAAGGCGCUGCGUGAGGAGGGGGCCGUCUUCAUCUCCUUCAAGCUGGUGAAGGACGGUGUCUUCCAGGAGGAGGGUGGGUCUGCGCCGGGAUGGUGGGGAUGCGGUGGGGGUGUGGUGGAGACGGCAGGGAUGGCCAACGCCGAGGUGGCCGUGCGGGAGAUGCUGAAGGGUUUCGCCGCGCGUUGGGGCACCGCGGUGGAAGCCGAGGACUGCAUGGACGACGGUUCGCCCAUCCAGCUGCGGGUGCAAGUGGAUCCCCGGGAGGGCAGCGCCGUCUUCGACUUCUCGGGCUCAGGACCGGAGGUGUACGGGAACUGCAAUGCCCCCCGCGCCAUCACCCUCUCUGCCCUCAUCUACUGCCUGCGCUGCAUGGUGGGCCAGGACAUCCCCCUCAACCAGGGCUGCCUGGCCCCUGUGCGGGUGGUCAUCCCCAAGGGCUCCAUCCUGGACCCCUCACCCGAGGCUGCCGUGGUGGGGGGCAACGUCCUGACCUCCCAGCGGGUGGUGGACGUCAUCUUCAAGGCCUUCGGGGUCUGUGCCGCCUCCCAGGGCUGCAUGAACAACGUCACCUUCGGGAACGAGCGGGUGGGCUACUACGAGACGGUGGCGGGGGGCGCGGGGGCCGGCCCGCGCUGGCACGGCCGCAGCGGGGUCCACACGCACAUGACCAACACCCGCAUCACCGACCCCGAGAUCCUGGAGCAGCGGUACCCCGUGGUCCUGCAGCGCUUCGAGCUGCGUCGGGGCUCAGGGGGCGCGGGGCGCUGCCGGGGGGGUGACGGGGUGAUCCGGGAGCUGCUCUUCCGCGAGGACAUGGUGCUGUCGGUGCUGAGCGAGCGCCGCGCCGUCCGUCCCUACGGCCUGCGAGGGGGCAGCCCUGGCGCCCCGGGGCUCAACCUGCUGCUGCGCCGCGAUGGCCGAACCAUCAACCUGGGCGCCAAGACGUCAGUGCCGGUGGAGCCGGGGGACGUCUUCCGCCUGCAGACCCCCGGCGGGGGCGGCUUCGGCUCCCCCGGGGAGGGGGGGGACCCCGAGGAGGCCGCCGAGCCGCCGGCACCCCGGAGCUUCGCCGAGCGCGGGAGCGUCUUCGAGUACCGGCGGGCGCAGGAGGCCGUCUGA